CUUCAUGUGAACACUAUAUAAUCAGAGCCAGGAGGGACCUCUACGUUCACACAGCUGGAACUCAUCUCCAGGAAGAACAGCCAGAUCCAUCUCUAGUUGGAGGGAAACUGCCAGAUUUUUGUAAGAUUCUUCCUCCUGGGCACCACUAAGGCGGUGAUGGCUCUGCAGAGGACCCAUUCAUUGCUUCUGCUCUUGCUCACCCUGCUAGGGCUACAGCUGGUGCAGCCUUCCUAUGGCCAGGAUCGCAUGUACCAGCGGUUUCUGCGGCAACACGUGGACCCUCAGGAGACAGGUGGCAAUGAUAACUACUGCAACUUGAUGAUGCAAAGACGGAAGAUGACUUUACAUCGGUGCAAGAGCUUCAACACCUUCAUCCAUGAAGACAUCUGGAGUAUUCGCAGCAUCUGUAGCACUGAAAAUAUCCAGUGCAAGAACGGCAAGAUGAACUGUCAUGAGGGUGUAGUGAAGGUCACAGACUGCAAGGAGACAGGAAGUUCCAGGACCUCCAACUGCAAAUAUCGGGCUAAGGCAAGCAUUAGGCGGGUGGUAGUUGCUUGUGAAGGUGACCCAGAGGUGCCUGUGCACUUUGACAGAUAAAUGCCAUCCUUGGGUGCUAUAUAGCCAGUGAUUGGCCUCUGAUUUACUCCAAGAAUAGCAAUGAGUAAUGCAUUUAAAUUGUUUUGGACUCUGUCUCCUCUGCUCAUUACUUACACUUUCCCUCUAUGUAACCCAUUUUAUUAAGUAUCCAAUAGAAAUGGAGACAAACUAUGGUGAGUCCAGGCUUUUCUAUUAUAAGCUUCUUUAUGAAAGACAAGUCAACUUAGCCGUUUCAGAUCCUAUACUCUGGAAUUGAGUCAUUAUGUGUAUUUAUAUCACAUUUCAAGCAUUUUAAAGUACUUUGUUCUCAGUUAUCUCAUUUUCAUACCCCUUGUACCUCUUUGAUGCUGACAAUGCUGUUAAGGGAAUUUACUGAAGACCAUUAAGUUAGUGGAAAAUCUGAGACAAAAUUUCAGUUGAAUUGGCUCAUUCGGGGCUUUUUCUGUUCAUUACAAGGAGUGUUUUGAAAGUGUCUGCUUUUUAUUAUUCCCAAAAGUCAGCUGUUUGGGGAGUCAUUAAAUGUUUAGAAAUAACAUACUGGUAAAAUUAGAGCUGUGUGUGAUUUGACAUUGUUAUGUUUGUGUCUGAUUAUAUCAAGGAAUGGUAUUAGAAAAUUUCUCUUUUUCUUCCCAAACUUUUGAUUCAUCCUAAGAUGUUACGGUAUUAAAAAUGUACUAGAUCAUUAAGAUUAACUUACUUUUAAAGUCAGGCAUAGUGGAACAGGCCUGUAAUCCUACCUACCUAGGAGCCUGAGGCUGGAAGAUCACAAGUUGAAGGCCAGCCUGGAUAACUUAGUGAGACCCCCAUCUCAAAAUAAAAACUAAAAAGGGCUGGGGAUGUAGCUCAGUGGUAGAGCAUCCCCGGGUUCAAUUCUCAGAACUGAAAAAAAAAAAAAGACUUCCUGUUUAAAAGAUUUUUCAUGUUUCCCUUGUAAUUGUAAUAAAAGACUUAAUCUGCAAGUAUCUAAAGGGAUUUUUUAAAUUUUUACUUAUUAUUUUUAUUUAUUAAUUUUUCUCCUAUACUCUAAGUUCUGGUCUUCCAUAUAUAUACCUGAAUAUCCUCAUAUAUUCUGGCCAGAAUGCACAUCAGAUCCAUGACCACAGCACAGAAACCUUUAUUUUGUUUAUUUCAGAAGAAGUGAUUCAUCUCAAAAACAAGUCUCACACCCAUUCCCUCACCCUUUGGAGAUUCAGAAAUAAAUUGGAGAGCAGAGAUAUAUGAAGAUGCUACCUGCAAGGAGGGAAGUGUGUGGGGAGGGGAGAAUAAAUUGAAAAUAUUUAAAUAACAGAAGAUACAGAAAGAAAUUUUAUUUGAACUCCCCUUAUCUGAUUAAUGCAUAGCUUCCUGAAAAUACAGCCAGCAUUAACUUCCCUCCAUGGGUAUCUCCAGGCAUGGAGGUAUUCCAAGACAAUUGUACAAAUAAACCUUACCUGAACCUUUCAUUUAUACUCUCUAAAAGUCCAUUUGCUUUCCCAGAGAGCACUUCCUCUCUCUAAAAGCACGUCAGUGCCCCAGUGUUUGAAACCUGUGGAGGGGCUUGGUGGUAUGGCAACAGUACUUGCAGGGACAACAGAAGCCAUUUCACUCCAUUGCAGAGUUCAGACAUUGCUUCAAGAUCACAAGCAUCAUGACAAAUUCACAAACACUUAUCAGGCUUUCCAGUCACUGAAAUGCCAUGGAAUUGGAGAGUAUUACUGAAGUUUGGUGCCUAUUCAUUUCCAUAAUGGAUUCAGCAAAGUCCUUUUCUUUGGACUUCAAAGUUCCAUUAAGGAGCAUCUCCCUACUGCAGUGAUUCAUGAUGCUCUUUUAGUCAAUGACCUUAUCUGUGGAGGUCUGUUGGGUGCCAUGGUGGGAUUCUUGGUUUGGGGAUAUUUUUUCCCCUCAAUUAAUGUUGUAAAAAUUCUUAUACAAUCUCAGAUUGGUGAAAAAUUUCAACCUUUCCUCAAGGUUUUAAAAACAAAUCAGAGUAGAAUAGGACAGGAGACAGACAAAUCUUUUCAGAGGUGUCCACCUGAAUGACCAUGGGUCCCUUAUCUCUUGGCGCAUAAUCAAUGCCACUUACGAGUUCUUGUUGAAGGUUAUAUGAAAAAAGUCAUUGGUGAAGUUCCAUUUAUCAACUAAACAGACCUAGAAAUGCAGUUUGGUCUUGUUCCUAAUUGACUCAAAUUCAAGUUGGUGUCAUUAAGUCCACGUCUCAGGAAUUUUGGGCAAAGCUACUUUCUUUAAGCUUCAGCAACAAGAACAAAACAAUAAAAGGUUUCAGUAGGAAACUUAAAAAGAAGAAGAGGUAGAGGGUAAGGAGGAGGGGAAGGAGGAGAAGAAGGAAGAAGAAAAAAAUCUAACUUAACCCUUCAUCCUAGCCCUCCCACAAGUUAUGAACAGAACCAGUUUCCUUUCCUCCUAUUGAUCUGUCUACUGUUGAUUCAUAGGUCCUUGACCAUAGAACGUUGGUAGAUGGAGGGCAAGGUUUUCCUCUAACAGUUUGUCCAUAUAUGAGUAAGGACAGCCAGGCACAGUGGCACACAUCUAUAAUCCCAGUAAUUUAGGAAGUUGAAGCAGGAGAAUUGCUAAGUUUAAGACCAGCCUCAACAUCUUAGUAAGAUCCCGUUUCAAAAAUUAAAAAGGAUUAGGGAUGUAGGUCAGUGGUAAAGCACCCCUGGGGUUAAUCCCCAGUCCAAAAAAAAAAAAAGAGUGAGGACAGAGAAUUCUGCCCUUGGCACCGACCAUGUUGUCAUGGGAGUUGGUAACUGUGGAGCAAAAUGAAAUAUAUUUUGUGUUUGUCCUGAUUUCUGUCAUGAAAUCUACUUUGUCUGAUAGUAUAUUAUAAGACCCCCCCUUUGGGAAAGGUCCUGUUACAUGUCCAGGAGGAAGGAAGGGAAACUGGGAGCAAACUGAGUAGACAGGACUUGCUGGGUUUCCCCAUCCAGUCUAUUAGCAUUAAAUAUGUGAUGGGGUCUCCAUAAAAGCUCAAAAGGACAAGGUUUGGGAACUCCCAGAUUGCUGGAACCUGUACAGGUUCCUGGAGGCCUGGGGAGGGCAUGGAAGGAAGCUCUGUGCCUCUUUCCCUAUACCUUACCUUAUGAAGCUUUUAAUAUGUAUCCUUUGUAAUGUCAUUCAUAGCAAACCUCAUUUUAAAAACCUUUUGGAAUUUCUGAAUUAGGAAUAUUUUGUUAAUAAUGAGCCCCUUCUCAUCAUCUGAGUUUUUGCUAAUGAUCUGACUUAGAUUAAGUUCCCUAGAUAGCCUCUAGAUGGGGCUGGUGACCAGAAAGAACAAGUGAUAAUGGAGUAAAACUUUCAGCUUCAACUAUUGACCUCCAAUAAUGGUUGGCAGGCAAGGAAAACAAUCUCCAUAAAAACUCACAGACAAUGCAAUUUGAACAGCUCCCAAGUGGCUAGGUACUGGGAGGGAGGCACAUCCUAAGAAGGCAUGGAACUUCUAGAUCUCCAUCCCUUGCUCUGUUCAUCUCUUCCACCUGGCUAAUGGAAGUUAAUAAUACAAAAUGGAGUAAUUUAUGUCAAAGUUCUAACCCAAAGGAGUUGGGAAUACCCAUAAAGCUCUCUUGAGUGCAUUUCUAAAUUACCUUGAUACUUUGUAACCAGCUUAUCUCAGCAAUUUCCUCUAGCCAUAGUAUUUCAGAUAAGCCAAGACUGAUGCCUAGCAAUGGCUAUUUCUGCCAAAACAAUAAUGCCAACUUCAGCAAUGAAUUCCUGAGACCAAUUACCUAAGUUUUGAAGCUGUUUACCUGAUUUCUUUGUCUUUAAAAACUCCCCCUUUGUUCCAAUUACUUGUGUGUGCCUAGGAUUUUCUUAGUCUGUAUACCCCAAGUUGAAAAACUUUACUAAUAGUAAAUAAAAUAUUUUGUUCCAGA